UUAGAGGAUCCUUGCAGGAACGGAAUUGAUUUGGGAAUCAUUGUGGAUAGAUCACAGAGUGUGGGGAAGAGCAACUUCACGUUCUUAAAAAAAGCUGUAAAGAGUUUCCUGGACAACUUUACCAUUACUUCAAAGGCAACUCACACCUCUCUAAUCUUCUUUGCUGAUAAGGCCGUUCAGUUGUUCAAUCUGCGUGACUCGGCGUAUCACAGCAAUCAAGCUGUUAAAAACAGAAUUGAUUCUGUUUCUGGCAGCCUUUUUCCCGGUAACAGAGCGGACUUAGCGCUGAUGAAAGCUCACGACGAACUGUUUCAUCCAGGACAGGACAGGAAAAAUCGGCCCAACGUGCUUGUGGUGUUCACCUAUCGAAACACGGCUGCAGAAUCAGCACCCUACAGUGAGACCGUUCCACCUCUUGAGGUAGCCGUCGCCAUUGCUUACUAUUAGAUAAGUGGAAUUAACCAUCCUGGCUUGAAAAGUAAAGGGUCUAGGUACGAUUGGCCUUAAAAAUUUUUACGAAGAUAGAUUAGAAAGUAACACUGGCCUGCCUAGAAAUGAUUUAUUAUUAUGGGCCGUGAAGUGAAAUCUGUAGAGAAACCAAUAAACUGAUCUAAUAAUAUAGUACACGCAUAGAUGCGAGAAGGUGAAAGAAAAUUGAAACAGAGAAGAUGUUCCAUUUAAGGUUAUAUAUUCAUUUUUUUUACCUUUUUUUUGUUUUGUCGCGAAGGAUAUAGGUACCCAUAUUAUUGCUGUUGGUAUUGGAAACCAGAUUGAUAUCAAAGAACUAGAGAAAAUUCGUGGUGAACGUGGCUCCGCAAUACAGUUUUCGGGUUUUGAGUCUCUCCUGGCAAAACCAAAUGACAUAGUAGCUGAAAUUUGUGGUGAGUUCUUUAGGGACAUUUUCUUUAAAAAUAUACUCUCAAUAAGGAGUAGCAAUCAUGAAGUGUCCGUUUAUAAAUCAUGUCAAUAAAAAGCGACUAAAUUUAAGGACGUUGGGAAGAAACAUGAUUAAAUGACCGAUCUCCACAAGCGCCUCUCUUUGUGAUCUCAAAAUGUAGUCGCGAAUUUAUUAUUACAAAUUUUAAAGAACAUGAUUUUUGCUUGAUUUGAGUAGUUUAUUGUUCUGAACCUACCUGGAGCCAAAUAAAACUAUAUUUCAGUUUUAAUUUAUAACUGUACAUGUAGCUGCUGUUUCAGAUUUUGUACAUGACAAAAUGUACUUACCAGGGAGAUUUAGAGAGAGUUAGUUAUCACUGCCCACGUUCCCUUCCGUUAUUCUAUCGAAAGAAACCCCUCUCUUUAAAAUACUUUUUAAAGUAUUUUGGAAAGUAUGCGAAGAUUUAGAUUCCAGGUGCGGUGUCACGUAGGGAAACACAAACACAUCGGAAAUUUAAAGCAGAAUGCCCAGCAAAGGUUUUGAAAUGCGUUUUAACACACACAAAAAAAGUCUGGAGUAAUGAAGUAACUAGCAAUCUGUGAUAUCAAAGUUUUUCGUCAUUUAAUGCGAUGGAAGUAGUUUUGUAAAUCUCCUUGCAUGCAAUGGUUUUGAAGUUUUAUCACUUCAAAUAAAACGUUUGUAAGGAGCUCUGCUUUUUGGCUUGGCUAAAUAUUUGACCACAUACACAAUCCUACUAGCCUUUUAGAAUUUGGAGCAGAGUAUGGCGUCCGAACGUUUUUAUAAUUUUAUUGUUUUUUUUUCUUUUAGUUAUAAAUGGUGGGUACACCCAUUGGUCAGAAUGGUCAGAAUGCAGCGCAAGCUGUGGUGAUGGAACCCGGAUGCGUUUCAGAAACUGCACAAACCCCAAGCCAAUGAGAGGAGGCUCAAACUGCGACAAUAUUGGACCAGCAAAAGAAUUUGAAGCCUGCGAUCUUCCUAAUUGUGUUGAUUGUAAGUAUCUAAGUACUUGCCACCCAUUUGUGUCGUUGGUUAGCUAUUUUGAUAAGCACUGGCAAGAAGGGGCCCUAGAGGUGAAAGGUUCCCUUAAUUUUCGCUUAACUUUCGUCAGUAACAAUUUGGCGGCGAAACUUUGCUUAAAGUCGUAAGUAGAACAUUUACGCAUCUUAAAGUCGAGCUCAAUUCAGGAAAAGGUCAGGCUGGUAAUAUAGGUAAGUCAGAUGUCACCUAUUGAUGGCAAUGCCAACCGAAAAAGAAACGCAUUGGCUCUUGAAAUUCUUUAAUUGGAUUUUUGGUUUAAUACAUUUGUUGAGCUCUUUGUUGAGCUACACACCUUUUCUUUUCUCUUUUUCUUUUCUUUACUUUUAAAAAUAAUCCAUUUUUCAUUCAGUACCCUUAACUCACAUGGUAUACCCUAUAGUGCCAGGAAGCCUAUAGUGUAAAAGCCCCCGGCUUCUUUAUAGACUUCCUUGUCAUUACCACUUUAAACAUUUAAUUUUGCAAAUAAUUUAGCUAGAAUAGUGUCUAUUAUCUUUAAUGUAUUAUAAAUUUCUUGUAUAUUGCUGUUGCAUUCUUGUGUGGUUAAUGGCAAAAUAAAUAAAUGAAUGAAUACUUGGAACAUCUAAAAAACAGCCUUAUUCCGUUGGGGACAGAUUUGUUCUUUUUAUUAUGUUUUGUUUUAUUUAUUCAUCGACCUUAAUUUUGACUGGAUAACCCGAUAAAAGUUAAAAUACCAUGCAUAUCUUCAUAUUUUCCUACAACUUGUCACUCUGGGUCUUUCCUUUUCAUUUAAGCAAUUGAUGGUGGGUAUAGUCGAUGGACCUCUUGGACCCAGUGUAGCGAUAACUGUGGUGGAGGAAUGCGCGUUAGAUUCCGAUCCUGCACUAACCCAUCACCGUUCGGAAAAGGCAAAACAUGUGAUUAUAUCGGCGAACCACAAGAGACAAUUGCAUGUAACAUAAAGAAAUGCGGUAAAUAUACAAUAACUAGAUGAUUUACUAAAAAGGGUUAUUGCUAGGUGCAGCUUUUUAGUUAUUUUUACAGACCUUGAAAAAUAAGGACCAAUUAUUCACUGUAAAUUAUAAAGUGCAUUCAUAAGUUUCCAAUACAAAAUUACCAGUCAUUAGGCAAGAAUGAUUUAGACUUACAUUAAUGGCAAAUGGCAAACGCCAUUCUGGUUGCCCUAGACUGACAAACUGUCCGAGCUCAAACAACAACUUCAGCAACUGUAGCUAAUUUACAAAACUUUGAAUGAAAGAACAGACGAAUGAAAAAAAUAAAUAUAUCAGUGAAUGAACGAACGAACGAACGAACGAAAGAGAACAACGAAUUGAACAAAUGGAUGGUGGAUGGAAGGAAAGAUGAAUUCAUGGGUGAAUGAAUGGAAAAAAGAAUGAAAUGGAGAACACAAUAUAUGGUGUUAAUUAAGGAGAAGACAGAGGUGACUGUUAUAGGCGAAGCUUUGAAUGUCAAGGGAAGACAGUAAACAUAUAACGUCAUUUUUUUUAUCUAUUUUUCUAUUAGUGUCAUCACCGUGUUCCAAGGGUAUUGACCUGGGCAUCUUGAUCGACCGAUCGAAUAGCAUCUUAAAGAGCAACGUCCAGCGCCUUCUCAAAGUUUUUAUGCCUUCAUUUCUCCAGAAAUUCAAAAUAUCCAAAAAGAGGACUCACGUUGGUGUUAUAAUGUACGAUAAGAGUGCGAAGGUUCUUGCACCUUUUAAUGGGCCUAGGUCCAACAAUAAGGGGAAGGCGAAGGCCUUCAUCAGAAGUCUUGAUCCAUCAACUGCCACCCACACACGUACUGAUAAAGGGCUGGUGUCCGCAUAUGAUCAGUUAUUUAAUAGGAAAAAAGGUGAUCGAAGUAAGAAGCGAAACGUCCUUAUAACAUUUACAGAUGGUCGGGCUUGGCCAAGGAGUCGCAUUCGACCAUUCUCGAAAACGGUGCCUCCGCUUAAGGUAUGUCUCCUGUUUAACCAGACUCCAUUUUAAGCUGGUGUUUAUCAAACUGAAUAGUUGAUAAUAGUUACGUUUUCCAAGCAUGCAAGCCUGUCUCAUUUCGAUGUCCUUUGAAAAUAAUGUAAAUGCCGUUGGAUGUUAUCUGUUGCGAACAAUAGUUUGUCGAACUGGAAAUUAUGGGUAGCAGCAAUUAUAUAUUCUGUUGCUCGCAUUGACAUGUUCUAAUCAUAAUUUGAUUUAUUCUUCAGUAGUGCGGACCCGACAAAAUUACUAGAAGGUUCCGGUUCCGAAAUGCUUCUGGUUUCGACUUUUCAUCACAAAGAAAAAAACGUAGACACAUUUCUGUUUGUAGACAGGGAAACAUAUCAGUGGAGAAUAUUAAUCACUAUUGUGAAAGGAAUUGGCAAAUCAAUAGAACUGAUAAAAAGAGCUAAUUGCAGCAGCAAUACCGGAAUAUAAGCAACAAUCAAGAUUCAAAGAAAGAUUAGCCUGUUCCAGGCUCAAAGGCUCCAAGAUAGUAAUGUGUAAGGAUCACGAAAACUGAUGCAAAAACGGUUGCCCCCUUCUUCAGAUCAAGCUCCUCCUAUUUUCGCUUGGAUUUUGUUCACGAUCCCUUAACUAUCUGUGGGCCUGGCGCAGGUUAAGAAAGAUUGAUAAUCUCGAUCCUAAGGUACAAUCGAAUUACCUACCUUUCUUUUCUAAUCAAUAGAUAAGGAAGAAGUGCCAUAUGGUUGCUGUUGGCUAUGGUGUUCCUAGCAAGAUAAAUAUGACACAACUUCGAGAGAUUGGGGGAGAUCACGUGGUCAAAAUAAGCAAUUCACUAAAAAUAAAAAGCUAUGUGAACAAGAUAAAAAAUGCGGUCUGCAGUAAGUGAUGUUAUAUAUAUUGAAUUUUAGCCCUCUUUAGCCAUAAGGCCAGUACAUGCAGUCCCUUCAUCGUAACAUGAACAGGAGUAACUUCGACGGCAUUUUUUGCGGUUGUAACAAGCUAUAAGGAAGAUUAUCGACUGCUAGGCAGUGUCUAUGCAAGAAAUAAUAUAGUUGUUUAUAUAGUUGUUGUUUAGUUGACUUCGACAAAAGCCAAAAAUUCUUCAUCCUUGUGUGUUUUAGCUGACUUGGUCAAGGACGCCGUUUUACCAUGCGUUCUAACUCCUGUCGUACUCUACAAAAUAUUUACUGAGAACUGAAAAAACAAAACAAAACUUCAGAAAGCCCCUGCUAUUUUGGGAAUAAAUUUUAAAGUACUAGUAAUGAAGUUAUGAAGCUAGUUUUUACAAAUUCUUGUUAGUUGCAAGGUUAUUUACUGCUGUAUACUGACCCGCCACACCGUGAUUUCAAAAGAUAGUUCUUUUUGUUUUUAUCCCCAAAGAUUCAGUCGAGCCAGCUUUUCGAAGAAAUAUUACAGCUCUCUUUGUCUCAUUAUAGAUGAAAUUGAACCGCUACAAAUUUAUAUCCACAUAUUCACAAACAGACAGAUAUAGGGAAUCAUUUCAUUUUAAAAUUUUUGCAUCAGAAGAUAUUGAUUCGGCGCGUGACAUUGCUAAAAUGAAGACUAACACGCUCAGCUGGCAUGGCUUCCUAUUUAUAUUCAAAGAUCUCUUGUUUCAUUUUGCACUGUUAUAUUAUACUCUGUUAAAAAUGUUGUUACGCUUUGCUUUAAAAUCGCAUUACAUUUCGCUUAAAAUCAAAUUUUGAAGUUCAAUUUUGGGGCAAUUGCUACCUCUUUUCGUAUACUUACAUGAAGCAGAAGGCUCAAUGAUCAACUUUAUUUUCCUUAUAGGAAUUGAUGGCGGAUACAGCGAAUGGAGUGUGUGGUCAUUGUGUAGCACCACAUGUGGCGCGGGUGUUAAGGUUCGUAGCAGAGUCUGUAAUUCACCUGUUCCUACUCGUGGAGCAGAGGAUUGCAAUAGAUUGGGUAGUCCUUAUGAAACAUAUGAAUGCAACGAGGGAGAAUGCCCAAAAGGUGCGUAUAACAUUAAUUUCUUCUUUCAACAGUUAAGCCAUUGUAUAUGAAUUCUUUCUAAAACUUGUCCGUCUUGCAGCGUCUUUUUUUUCAAUCUGUCUCUUUUCACUUGAGUUCUUCUUAAUAGUAUCGUUAUUAUUAUUAUUAUUAUUAUUAUUAUUGUUGUUGUUGUUGCUGUUGUUGUUGUCGUUCUCGACAUUGGGCAUGGAACAUUUACACCUUUUAAAAGUCUUUACAAAAACAGGCAGAAUGGGAAAGGAAUUCCUUAAGUAUCAUACUCGAUAAGCGGAGCUGAUUUCCGUCUUGAAAAGAGAGCAAUAAAAAAAUGCCAAAAAUAUUUCGUGAGUAAGAAGCCGAAUUUCAGUUGCUUUAUUACAAUCUGCAGUCCUUUGUCUUAGAGAAUCUAGGGCAAAAAGAAGAGCUCAACGUUACAAUGAGAAGGCUGUCGUCGAGAUCGAAAAAGCAGAAGGUGCCAUUAAGGGAUAUAAGGAAACGUUUAUUAACAUGAAUCAUCUUCUGAUAUGACUUCACAAACAUUGGUUUGUUACCAACCCAAAAUAAUCCAUCCUCAAUGACACAUCUUAGAAAAGAUUUUUACUGCAAACAUUCUUUAUUAAACAAGUGGUCUUUAUUUUGUUCUUUUUCUUUCGUGCUCACUUUUAGCGCCAAGUCCUUGUAAAACCAAGAAACAGGACGUUUGCUUGAUAGUAGAUGAGUCAUUGAGUGUGAAAGUCCCAAACUAUGUCCGCAUGAAGACCUUCCUCACGCAAUUCAUCUAUCAGUUUGACCCUCACACGCAUUUCAGCAUCAUAACAUUCGCAGGGAAGGCAAAUGUGCGGUGUAAAUUUUCUGACAAACGGUGUCAGACCGCUGAUGGUACGUACGACUUGAUUUCCGAGAUUCCAGACAAGCUUUUCUAUGGCACUUAUACUGACAAAGCCUUGAUUGCUGCGAACGAGAUUGUCUUCACGCCUGAGAACGGCGACCGAGCAGACGCUAAGAAUGUGGUUAUAGUUAUAACUGACGGGAAGACCAUGAAGGGAGCUGCGCCUUUCAACGUCACCGUUCCUCCACUGCGGGUUUGUCUAACUACUAGAGAGAUUAAGAUUCACGUUUACCGUAAACGGCAAACGUCAGACUCAAGUCGAGAAUUUCUCUGAAUAGAAAAUAAGUAAGUAAAAACAGUCCCGAACGAUUCCUAUGGGUAAAACUGGCAUAAAUUUUUGUGUUGAAGCAAUAAACAGGAAAUAAAGGGGAAAAUUUGGUCACGUCAGUACAAAUUUACGUCUGCCGUUUGGCGUAAACGUGAACCUUAAUCUCUCUACUAUUAUGAUCUUUUCAUAAAUGAUUUCAAACAGUAAAUAUCUGAAAUCCAAUGCUUCGUUGUUACUAAUCCACAAAGCUAAAGCCAGAAUGGUCGUUAACCAUAUAUAGCUGAUUCAAUAAAGGUUGAAUUGGGCAUUGGGAAUUGCAUAUUGGGAAGCUAUUGUAUGGUGGUCACUCAAGUAAAUCAUUGCAUUGUUCAAUAUGCGCAAACGCCCAAGGCAAUUUCCAAUGACCAAUUGCCUAAACAACCUUUGAUUUAGCUAGUGUAUACACCUAUUUCAAUGAAGAUUGCAUUGGAAAUGGUGCUUUGGUCUUUGAAAGCCAUAGUUUUGUGGUCACUCAAGCAAAGCAUUGCAUUGUAUUCUGCGUUUCAAUGACCAAAUGCUAAACGAACGUUAUUGAAAUAGGUGUAUCUAGCCGCCAUUUCGUUCCCCAGAAAUGUUUGGAAAGCAGCUGAAUUUUGUGUAUUAACUAACAAUUAUCUUACAUAUUUUUUUCACCCGCUGCAAUAAGGACGGAAAAAAUGCAAAAAUGAUAGCAUUUGGUAUAGGUCCAUCUAUUCGUGAGCAGGACCUCAAUGAGAUAGCUGGAGAGAAGAAUUGGUUCUACGUGGACGAUUUUGCUUACAUGAAGGAACGAAUUCCAGAUUUACUGAAGACUGCAUGCACUGAGACUACCCUGUGA